UAGUGAUACCAUCGGAACAAAGGAACUUUGACGAAAACGUCUUUAAUGAUCUUGUUUGAGAUGCGUGCCAAUUUAAGAUAAACAUACAGGAAGAAACCGUCGAUCAAAUGUCCUUAAAACUCCUCCGGUUACCACGAAUUACAGAGAUCAUUAUCUCAUUCUCUGGUGCUCUUAUCUUCCUUUGAAUACGAUGGCAGUAUUGUUUUCUAAGUACAUUGAUUGCUCAAUGAAAUGUUUGUCAUGCCUCCCUGUAAGAAUUUCAUUGCUUCCUGCGUCCAAUACACUUAGGCUAUUUUUACCAUUUUCUUCUUCUUCAUCCCCUUCCUCACCUUCACUCAAUGUUAUUUCGGAUUUUUUAUCAAAAGAAUGUGGGUUUUCUUCUUCUCAAGUAGCAACACUCAUGAGAAGAAAGCCAACCCUGUCGAGAAACAAAUCCGAUCACAUCGCCAGAGAAAUCGUUCAUACUCUGACAGAUUUUGGAUUUACUGAAAACCAGAUUAAGAGCACCAUUCUUAGAAAUCCAUUGAUUCUUACACUGAAAGCGGAUGGAGAGUUGAAGCCCAGGAUAGAUUUCCUCAAACAAAUAGGCUUGGAUCCUCAGGACAUGCCAGGUAUUAUAACUCGCAACCCCCACGUGCUUACCGGUAGCUUAGAAAAUAGUCUAGCUCCUAGAAUCCUCCAUCUUAGAAACCUAUUUGGCUCAAAUGUCCAUCUGCGCCAGGCCCUCAAAAGGGCGCCUGAUCUUUUGACGGCCGAUUUCGAGAGGCGGGUGAAACCUAAAGUGGAGUAUGUGAAGAAUUAUUUAGGCAUUUCGGAAGGUACAAUUGUAUUUUUGGUUGCCCUAAGAGAAGCUCUUUCCUUUUCCUUUGAAACCCUAGAAAAUAAGAUUAAAUAUAUGGCGAACCUUGGUCUGGCAGAGGAUGAGAUCCGUCUAUUUCUUAAGAAGUGCCCAACAUUAUUUCAUUGUACAACGAAGAGAAUAAAGAAAAACAUGGAUUUCUUGAUACACACUGCAGGUCUUGAGCUCGAGAUUGUUGCUUUGAACCCUGUGCUUUUGAAUUUAAGCGUAGAGAAGAGGCUAAUACCUCGCUAUGAAGUCUUUAAAUAUCUGAGUAUCAUUCCACAAUCCAAGGAUCUCCCUAGCCUGGUUACAUUUUUUAAACUACCCGAAGAAGAGUUCAUUAAACGUUUUGGCCAAUACAGUACGAAGUCAAGUCUAACGAUCAUACAAUCUCCUAAAGCAAGCAUUUUGGAGCGGUGAUGAAAUUUCAAAAUAUAAAUUACCACAGAUUCAUCAAGGGUUGGGCUGGUGUGAAAGGGCUUGGAACUCGCCUACGCCAAGGUAAUGUUACAAGUAUCUUUAGCUCCUGAUUUUGCUUCUGUCCGACUUUGACGAACAAAUCAUAUAUUCUAUUGCUUCUCUUGACUUGCGGGAAUUAGCAAAUUGCAAAAAUGGACUAGAGUUAUGUAUCUGUAAGGCUCUUGUAAAUAUUGUUAACGAUUUGAUGCUUUCGAUGAUAAACCAUUGAGCAUUAUUUGAGACAGUGAUGGAAAACUACUUAUACAAUUAUUUCCAAAACAUGCUAAAAUCAUUCAGAUAGAUUAUUGAAAUAUCAUGUCUAUUAAGACUAAAUUGUCAGUCUGUUGCCCUGUUUCUGUUUUCAAGUAUGUCUUCUAAAUUUUGUCA